UCUGUGAGCCCCAACUCCACCGUGAGCCGCCUCAUCUUCACGGCCUUCCUCUUCCUGGGCGUGCUGGUGUCCGUCAUCAUGCUGACCCCCGGCGUGGAGAGCCAGCUGCACAAGCUGCCCUGGGUGUGCGACGAGGGCACCAAGACCCCUGCCGUCCUGCAGGGCCACAUCGACUGUGGCUCCCUGCUGGGCCACCGCGCGGUCUACCGCAUGUGCUUCGCCACCGCGGCCUUCUUCUUCCUCUUCUCUCUGCUCAUGCUCUGUGUGCGCAGCAGCCGGGACCCCCGGGCCGCCAUCCAGAACGGGUUUUGGUUCUUUAAGUUCCUGGUCCUCUUGGGCAUCACCGUGGGAGCCUUCUACAUCCCCGACGGCUCCUUCUCCAACAUCUGGUUCUACGUCGGUGCGGCCGGCUCCUUCCUCUUCAUCCUCAUCCAGCUGGUGUUGCUCAUCGACUUCGCGCACUCCUGGAACCAGCAGUGGCUGGCCUCUUCUUCUUCACGCUGCUCUUCUACUCGCUGGCCAUCGGGGCUGUGGCGCUGCUCUUCCUCUUCUACACGCAGCCGGGCGCCUGCCACGAGGGCAAGGCCUUCAUCAGCCUCAACCUCACGCUCUGCGUCUGCGUCUCCAUCGUCGCUGUCCUCCCCAAGGUCCAGGGUGCCCAGCCCAACUCGGGCCUGCUGCAGGCCUCUGUCGUCACGCUCUACACCAUGUUCGUCACCUGGUCGGCCCUGUCCAAUGUCCCCGAUCAGAAAUGCAACCCCCACCUGCUGACCCACCUUAACGCGACGGUCCCCGAGGGCUACGAGACGCAGUGGUGGGACGCCCCAAGUAUCGUGGGGCUCAUAGUCUUCAUCCUCUGCACCUUCUUCAUCAGUGUGCGCGCCUCCGACCACCGGCAGGUGAACCGCCUGAUGCAGACGGAGGAGUGCACGGCCACGCUCGAGGCCUCCCAGCAGCAGGCGGUGGCCUGUGAGGGCCGGGCCUUCGACAACGAGCAGGAGGGCGUCACCUACAGCUACUCCUUCUUCCACUUCUGCCUGCUGCUGGCCUCCCUGCACGUCAUGAUGACGCUCACCAACUGGUACAGACCCGGCGCGACGGGGAGGAUGGUCAGCACGUGGCCCGCCGUGUGGGUGAAAAUCUGUGCCAGUUGGGGGGGCCUGCUGCUCUACCUGUGGACCCUGGUGGCCCCCCUUCUCCUGCCCAACCGCGACUUCAGCUGAGGCCCUGCCCACUGGUGCUGCGGGGCUCCAUGACAGCCCAUCCCUGCCCCCGGCCCACCUGCCAGGCCGAGCCCCAUCCCGCCCCACGCCCCACCUUCGGGGCUCGCCUCUGUGUGGACCCCUCUUAGUGCCUUGAGGGUCCAAGGAGUGUCAGGCAAGGCCUGAGGCUCCUCGCCCCCACCCCAUGCCCCAGACACGUCCAGACCAGGAGCUGCAGCUUCCUCCCCCUCCCCCAUUGCCCACACUCACCCUCUUGGGGAAAAGGGCCCCCUUGUCAGGCUUCCCAGGAGCCAGGGCAUGGGAGUGGGCUGGUCAGAGCUACUCCCGGGUGCUCAGCAGGCAGGACGCCCACGAGGCCCAGGGACUCCUGCCCGUCCCAGGGCCCCCUCCCAGGGGCCCGCCCUGGCCCCCGUGCCUUACAGUCUCCAAGGUUUUCUUAAUAAAUCUGUGCCUUCCGUGUUCUGAGCUCA